UAUUGUGGAAUUAGAAACUAAGAAGUUCUUUAAAGUAUACUGGCUUGGAACAACUGUUAAGGAAGAGGUUUUAAAGGAUGGAAUCGAUAUUCGUCUUCCAAAGACUGCCGUAGUUAAUGAAGUUUUGGAAGUAAUUUUACAAAAACUAUCAUUGCAAGGACCUACCAACAGAAUUAGAUUAUAUGAUGUCUUACAUCACAAGAUCCAAAAAGAAUAUGAAAUUAAUGAUCCAAUAGAUAAAAUACAGGAACAAAUGACGACGUUAUAUGCAGAGGAAAUACCACAGGAAGAAAUCGAACUAAGUGAAAAUGAUAAAGUUGUUCAUGUAUACCAUUUUACUAAGGAACCGUUACGCGCGCAUGGAAUCCCAUUCAAAUUUGUUAUUAAGGCUGGUGAAACAUUCUCUGCGACGAAGUUGCGCCUUCAAUCACGCUUAGGAAUGAACGAAAAAGAUUUCUCUAAGGUUAAAGUUGCAAUUGUGCAAGCGGUAUCGUAUGCCAAACCUCAAUAUAUAGACGAUGAUAAUGUUAUUCUAUCGGAACAUAAAUGGGCAGAUGACUAUCUAGGCCUUGACCAUGUUGACAAAACAGGACGUGCGGGAAGA